CCCUCGGUGAUAUCUUCGUCCGGUUAUUAUAUAUUGCUGACUGGACUCCUCUUCUGUCGCUUUCAUAUUGUUCCAUUGAUACUCACAACCUCUUCCUAUAAACAUACAUCAUGGCCACAGCAGACGUCCUUCAAAAGGUCGACCUCCUAGGCCCACAACCGGAACAAGUCAACCUUCAGGCAGACUUUGAAAAAUCCGAAGCACCGUUACCAGCUCUGGAUCCUGUCAAGCUCAAGGAGAGAUACAUCGCCGAGCGAGACAAGCGACUCGAAAAUGGCGGCGGCAUCAACCAAUAUAAAUUGAUUGACGACGGCGGAGAGUUCUCACACUACCUUACAGACCCUUGGGUCGAGCCCGGCUUCAAGAGAGAUCCGAUCUCUGAGCAAGUCGAUGCCGUAAUCAUUGGUGGUGGUUACGGUGCACAACUUGUCGCAGUUCGCUUGAUCGAGGCCGGCGUGAAGAACAUUCGAUUGAUUGAGAAGGCCGGCGAUUUUGGUGGCACUUGGUAUUGGAACAGAUAUCCAGGCGCUCAAUGUGAUAUCGAGUCGUACAUUUACAUGCCACUUCUGGAGGAACUCGGCUAUGUGCCAACGGAGAAAUACGCACACGCAAAGGAACUGCUCAAGCACUCCGAGAUGAUUGGAAAGAAAUGGGGACUGUACGAGAAAACUCUCUUUCAGACAGAGGUCGGUGAGCUUCGAUGGGACGAGGAAUCUGCCAUGUGGACUAUCAAGACCAGCCGCAACGACGAGAUCAAGACACGCUUUGUCAUUCCUAGCGCUGGUCCCCUGCAUCGUCCAAAGCUUCCAGGUGUGCCAGGUCUGAAGGCAUUCAAAGGCCACAGCUUCCACUCCAGUCGGUGGGACUACAACUACACUGGCGGAGACAACGAAGGUGGAUUGACCGGACUGGCCGACAAGCGGGUAGCCUUGAUCGGAACAGGAGCCACCGCCGUACAAAUCGUCCCGAACGUAGGCAAGUACGCUAAAAGCCUCCACGUCUUUCAGCGUACACCCUCUUCAAUCGAUUACCGCAACAACAAACCCACCGAUCCAUCCUGGUCCCAAGGCCUCGAGAAAGGCUGGCAAAAAGAGCGCAUGGACAACUUCAACCUCAUCGUAAACGGUGCGAUCCUCGACAAAGACCUCGUCCAAGACGGCUGGACCGAGAUCCUCCAAAUGCUCCUCGCCCGGCGCAAAGCCGACUCAACCGACCCCGAAGCCGCCGCCGCCGAACGCCAACUCGCCGACUUUGAGAAAAUGAACAAGAUCCGCGCCCGCUGUGACUCCGUCGUCAAAGACCCCGCUACCGCCGAGGCGCUCAAGCCGUGGUACAACCAACUCUGCAAACGACCCUGCUUCCACGACGAGUAUCUCGAAACCUUCAACCGGGAAAACGUACACCUCGUCGACACGAAAGGUCUCGGCAUCGACCGCAUCACGGAGCAAGGCAUCGUCUCCCAAGGCGUAGAAUACGAAUUCGACUGCAUCAUCUACGCGACCGGCUUCGAGCUCGCAACCGACUGGUCGCACCGUACAGGAAUGGAAGUCUACGGCCGCAACGGCCAGUCCAUCACCGACUGCUGGAAAGACGGCGCCUCCACCCUCCACGGCUGGGCCACGCGGGGUUUCCCGAAUUGCUUCUGGAUCUCCAUCGUGCAAGCGGCGCUGACGCCCAAUUUCAUACACGUCACCUCCGAGCAGGCCAAACAUAUCGCGUAUGUGCUGGGCGAGUGUGUGAAGCGGAAUGUACGCACCAUUGAGCCGACGGAGAAGGCGGAGAAGGAGUGGGUGGCGACAAUUGAGCAGUUGGCGGGUCUGCGGGCGGCGUUCUUGAAGGAGUGUACGCCCGGGUAUUAUAACAAUGAGGGUUCUGCGUCGAAGACAGGAGCGAGGAAUGCUUCGUAUGGAGGUGGGUCGCCGGCGUUUUUGAAGAUAUUGGAGGAUUGGAGGGCGACGGGGGAGAUGGAGGGGUUGGAGAUGCAGUAUUUUGAGAAGUAG